UUGCCCGACGGAGACACUUCGAAUCAGUUCACUGAUCCGAUUCACCCGAACGCUGCAAGACUCCCCUUAUCACUAAUGAUGCCGCAACAGCAGGAGGUUGAAGCCUAGUAUGCGACCUCCGACACAUGAGAAGUCAGCCACCUCUUCUCUUUUCGAGGCCCAUGAGCACAACGACUCGGUUCCGAUACAUCAGCUCACAGAUGCCUUGUGCUGAUCAACAUCACCCUUUAGAGUGAUGUGGGGAAAGAGUGCCAUCUACUCACCCGCCUUACACUGACAGACUUAUUAAAAUUACGAAAGCUCCGGUUCAGUUGUGGGAAUCAGAAUGUGAACCGGUUCAGAAUAAAUGAAAAUGACUCUGUUGUGAAUCGAAUCGUCGCUGGGAGCAGCGUGUGUGUUGGUGUGGGAUCGGUAGGCUGGGCAGGUGUGAUGUUGGAUCAGUGGUGUGAUGGAUCUGUGUGAUCUGCGGGUCUGAUUCGGACUGAGAGGAGAGAGAGAGAGGGAGUUAUGCCGCGCGGGCUGCACCACCUGGUGCUCCAGGCCGCCCGCAGACACGCCGGGAACACAGCCGCGGUCCUCCACUCCGGCGACUCCGCGAGGACCUGCCUAACCUACCGAGAACUGAUCACUGUCUCACAGCAGCUCACCGAACAGCUCACCGAACAGCUGACCGAACAGCUCCACAUCAGUGUAGGAGAACACAGAGAACAGUCCAUAGGGCUUUUCUGUACUGCACACAUCCACCUGCCGGCCUGGAUCAUCGGUGUUCUACAGCUGCCUGCUGCCUAUGUUCCUCUUGACCCAGUCUCACCACCUUUGCUCACUCUCAGAAUAAUGGAGAAAUGCAGUCUGAGGUUCUGCUUGAUACAAAACAGUCUGCUGCAACAGUUCCAGGGUGCAUUUUCCGGUUUACUGUCGCUGAAAGUGUGCACUACAUUUUCAACAAGUAAUCUCACUCUGGUCAAGAUGCAGAGAAAUUCUGUGAUCUCAUCUCAUCCGAGCAGUGAAACACAGCCUGCAGAUGAUCAGAUAUGGCAAAAAAAGCCAGAAGAAAAGCAACAUCCCAGUGCUGCAGUUCCUACAGCCGUCAAUCAGGAGGAGCAGUUGGCUUAUAUUCUGCACACGUCUGGAACAACUGGGCUUCCCAAAAUAGUUAAAGUUCCACACAAGUGUAUUGUGCCUAAUAUACUACAUCUCAGAACUCUAUUUCAGAUGACUCCAGAGGAUGUUGUUUUUCUGGCAUCACCAUUAACCUUUGAUCCCUCAGUGGUGGAGAUGUUUUUGGCCCUGACUUCUGGAGCGUGUCUUUUAAUGGUUCCCUCUGCUGUGAAAAGGAUGCCUGGCAGGCUGGCCCGUGUGUUGUUCAAAGAAAACAAAUCCACUGUUUUACAGGCUACACCAGCUCUAGUUCGGAGCUUUGGUGGGCGUGUCUUACGAGAAGUGGUGCUUAGUGCAGACUCGUCUUUGAGGGUGUUGGCUUUAGGAGGAGAGGCAUGUCCAUCUCUGGCUGUUCUCAGGAGCUGGAAACAGGAGGGGAAUAAGACGCGUAUUUUUAACCUCUAUGGCACCACAGAAGUUUCUUGUUGGGCGUGUUGCUAUGAACUGCCAAACAACCUCCUUUCACCAGACAACAUGGAUGAUGGAUCAGUACCUCUUGGUGGUCCUCUGAUGGACACGGCUCUGGAAGUGAGAGAUAAAGGAGGAGGUCUUGUUACUGAAGGAGAAGGACAAGCCUUCAUAGGCGGCCAAGACAGGCUCUGUCUGCUAGAUGAUGAGAUUACUGCUGCCAGAGGAACGAUGCGUGCUACAGGGGACUGGGUGAUGGUGAAGAACUCACACACUUAUUAUCUGGGCAGAAAGGACCGACUAGUCAAACGCCACGGGCAGAGGGUUAACCUCGAUGCUCUGCAACAGAUUGCAGAGAGCUUGCCACAGGUGGAUUCUUGUGUGAUGGGUUUGCAUGAGGGCAGCAGACUGGUGGGUUUUGUGGUGCCCACGUCUUUACCUAAAAAUUCAAACCAACAAGAACAACAUAAUUCUCGUUCGACUGGUGGCUCUACUACUGUCCACAAUGAGCUCUCAGAAGAUACAUCAUCAGCUUCCACCUCUCUAGAGAAGGAGGUGCUUCAACGGCUGUCUCAACUUUUGCCCAGUCACAGCGUCCCAGAUACAGUUCUUUUGGUUGCUGUCUUGCCGCUUACUAAUCAUGGGAAAGUAGAUAUGGGAAAGCUGAUGAGGAUGUAUGAGGACCAAAGACAAGUCCAUAGUAAACCCAUCACAUGGGGAGACACAGAAACAGCGAGAGAAAAGCUGCAGACACUGUGGAAGGAAUGUUUGUGUUUUGCUGAUGACCAGGAAAUCACAGAUGAUUCCCACUUCAUGUUAAGUGGUGGGGAUUCCCUGCAGGCCCUGCGACUCUUUGAUUACAUAACUGUAACUAUGGGAACAACUUCACCAGGUCUGCUGGAGCUUCUUCUCGAUGGCUCUUUUUCAGAUGUUUUGAAACACAUCACCGCAACAGCACCUCACGUGGUUCAGACCUCAGCCAAACGACAACCUGAAGCUUCUCCGCCAGCAGUUCCACCCAAGAGACCAAGAAUUUACACAGAUAUAACCUCUAGUUUAACCUCAGGGAAGGUCAUGGCACCUGUGGAUUCCUCAGUGAGUGGAACUCAGGGAUUUGUAGUUGUAAGGAGAGCUGGAGAGGUUCUCAGGUGGGGUUCCUCUCAGAGCAGAGAUCAGAGCUUUGUUGUGGACUCAUCAGAAAACAAUGACAACUUCAAUAACAGAACAGUUAAGGAGAAUCAUCUCAAAGAAUUUACAUCCUCAUCAGUAAGCAAAGACAUUGUUCAUAUAACCGGAGAUGCUUCAUCUAGUGAGGAGAAAGCUCUGGACAGUCAUUUACAAUCUGACAUUCUUAAAAAUGGCCAGAGCCUGAGCCUCCAGAUCCUGUGGAGUUCUGACACAGGCAAAUGUGUGGAUGCCUCGCCUGUGCUCCUGGCAGGUCCUGGCCGAGAUAUUGUGUUUAUAGGCUCUCACUCCCACAGACUGCAGGCCUUGGACCUGACUAGCGGAGAAGUAAUCUGGGAGAGAGUGUUGGGGGACCGACUGGAAUCCUCUGCUGCUGUAACGAAGUGUGGAACCCUGGUGGCGGUGGGUAGUUAUGAUGGGCGGGUGUAUUUUCUGCGUGUGGACACUGGAGAGACGUGGUGGGAGUUUGAGACUGGAGAUGCAGUAAAGAGUUCUCCUACCGUAGAUCCUCAGACUGGUCUGGUUGCCAUUGGUUCUCAUGAUGGACAUGUCUAUGCACUAGAACCACUGGCAAAGCACUGUGUGUGGAAGCAUCACUGUGGGAGUGGUGCAGUGUUUUCUUCUCCCUGCAUCCACUCAUCUCCCCGACAACUGUACUCCGCUACACUCAGAGGGCAGCUCCACUGUCUCAAUCCUGACAGUGGUCAUCUAUUUUGGAAGUAUUCGUGUGAUGUUCCUUUUUUCUCCUCUCCUUCCUGUUCUGAUUCCUGUGUCUGCAUUGGUUCAGUGAAUGGACUCAUCAUUGCAUUGAGCCAUUCUGGAGAUGUGUUAUGGAAUUUUCUCACUGAUGGACCUGUCUUCUCAUCUCCAUGUUUGGCUCAAAUGGCAUCUAUUACCAGCCUGCUAGCAGGACCUGUAGCAUUUGACAAGUCAACAUCUCCAGUUGUUGUUUGCGGGUCACAUGACUGCUGUGUGUACGGUUUGAAUGCUUCUGAUGGAUUGUUACUAUGGCGGUUUCAAGCUACAGGCAAAGUGUACUCCAGUCCAUUUGUUUUUGACGGUAGUCGAUGGGGGCUGAGAAGGCUGGUGGCCAUAGCUUCAACUGAUGGAACAGUGUGGGUUCUAGAUGGAGAACAAGGAACGCUGAAGGCCUCUCUCUGCUUGCCAGGGGAGCUCUUCUCUUCUCCUGUUGUGUGGGGCACCAACAUUGUGGUGGGAUGUCGGAAUGACUUUGUAUACUGCUUAAAACUCAGCGCCACGAGGAGCAAAGAAAUAUUACCUGCAUCUAGUAGAUGAAAAAGGAUUUUUACAAAUUUAAAAUAUUCAAACUGGUAUACAAACAUUAUUUAUUGUGUUAGAAAACUUUCUUUAUCCAUAUUAGGCUCAAAAUCUUUUCCUGCUGUAUUUUAUCUGUAGGUUUGUCUGAUUCCUGAAAACAAUCAAGCACUUUAACAAGAAGUGUUCAAAUAUCCGCCUUUAAUGUUUUUCUACAUAAUUCAUAACAUUUUCAUUACUUUGAGAUUUUUCUCAUGAGUAACCCUAAGUGGAACCAAAAAAAGUGCAAUUACCAACAAACUGCUUUUAUAUCAUGUUACAUACAACACUUUACGCUACACUAUUGCACACGACCAAAUUAAAAACAAAGUGACCAAAGCGUCUGCAGUUCAGGGGUCUCCAAAGGAACGCAGUCCAUUUCAUUUCACCUCUGUACAUACAUACAUACAUACCUACAUACAUUACAUACAUACAAAAUGUUACGUUAAGUAAUGGGGGUGAGAAUCUUGCUGGGAGAUCAAGGCUUCGCGUUAGUCUGAGUUGAGUUGUGUGAUUAAUGCAGAAUAAUGAGAAGUUUAUCGAUUCCUCUGCAGAGCUAUAUGUCAGUGGUUAGACUCCCCCUAGAGGGAUUUAUGUUUUGAGCACUGAUCUCCCGUUGUCUUGCCAAGGUUUAGAUUUUCUUGAUUUGCAGUACAAGAACAGCUAGCACACGCUACGACAGGAUAAUGGUGUUUUAUAUUACAGCAAGCAGGCAGUUUGUUCCCAGGGAACUUUUUUUUUUCCCAAGGAAACUGGAGGCAGUAAACACUGUGCAAGAAGCAGAUUCGUUCAUCAGCUGAUAUCAUGGUUUUCAGUGCAUUGACUUAACAUGGUGGUGCAGUGGAAACACCAUUAAUGAAAGAUGUUUCAUGUUGUUGGUUAUUUACUGAAGUAAACACAGUGACUCUAAGUCAUCAUCAUGGUGAUUUUCAACAAUAUCUUAUAUGACAGUAGUCACAGUUGUCACGGACACAGUGAAAAUCUUCGCACUUUGCCAAGAUAUCAAAUAAGUCCGAAAAAAAGACUUUGUAUUUGACAAGUGUUGUGAAGACAGAUUAUUUUGAAUUUAUAUAAUAAUAAUAUGUUUAAAUGCAUGAGGACCACAAAUAAAAGAAGCUGAAUGUUCGUAAUAAAUACCUGGGGUGAAGUAAAAAAUAAAUUAUAAAUUAAUAUGGUGUCAACUACUGUAAAUGGUAAAUGGUAGCCCUUGCUCACCUCUCAAAAUAAUCCCUUAUACAGCAGUGAACAACGUAUUGUAGUGUUACGUACUUGUCUACUAGGCAUGCGUUAUGUAUUCACACAAGUGCUAUCAACAGGUCUGCUGGGCGUUUGAUUGACUAAAUAGGAAGGUGUAAGUUUGCGGGCUGGUGUGAUUGGCAACGACAAAAUCGAAUCAGAAAGACGCACACUAUAAAUACAGGCAAAGUUGCUUGACUGUGGCUGUAGACCAUUGUACUUGUUAUUAAAAAUGCACAUUUUCUGGAAAUGCAUGCAUCUUGCUACCCAUUCUGUGCAAUGGCUGAGGUAAAGGUUGGUGAGUGGAUUUUUGCCAGGUACAGGGGUGCUGUGUGAGUGAUUUAAAGUGAUGCCUACUGAAUGACCAAGAGGACUGGGAGUUAGUUUGCUCUUUUCUGUGUGUCAGAGAGGAAAUGUCACUUGAUGAUCUGUGGGCAGUCGCUCCAUGCUUUGGCCUUACGCUUGGCGAGGGCGAGCCAAGCCGGUUCAGUAGAAACCUGUGGAGCAUCACCUGGUGGGAAGCGCUUUGUCAUGUCCUUUGCUGCUGGGGGAGAUGGAGUAGAGUCUGCUAUCUCCACUGAAAAAGAUAAAAAAAAAACAAGGAACAUUCAGACCUACUUUAUCAAAGAAAAAGAACAGGAAGAAGAAGAAAACACUCUUUAUAGCAUGACCUUCCCUGUUCUUUUUGUGUUUUUAUAUGUACGCUAGGGCUGGGCGAUGUGACCCAUCUUGAUAUAUUUCACAAAAAUGGCGAUGUAGGAUAUGAUGAAGCCACAUCAAAAAAUGUUUUAAAUAUCAGCAGUGUUAAUUCCGUUGAUGAAUAUUUUUUGUCAUAGUUUUCUUCAACGAACCUUUUUUUUCAGAUGAAAAAGAGACGAUAACUACAUAAAAACAACAUGAAAGGAUAAAAACGAUGAUGAAAUUAACUGACAUUUUCGUUAACAAAUACAUUUUUUUGUUUAUUAUUGUGGUAUGUUUUGUUACAUCAGGAUUUUAACCUUAACAAUAUUUACAGCUGCAUACCCACAAUAAUAAUAAUAUUAAUAAAAAAAAAACAUUAAUGUACUACUCAAUCACUUGGUAUCAAUAUUCAGAAAUGGGUCUGAGCUCUUAGGGGUAAAUAAAUAAGAUAAAUAAAAGGUAAAUGAAGAUGUUGUUAAAACAACUUCAAUCUGUUUUUGUGUAUAUUUCACAUUCAAACAUUAAUAACAUGACAUAACUGGUUAAUAAAUGUUUAAUCUUGUAUAA